CAUCUGCGAGUUCUCCAGGCGCGUAGUCCCCGCUGGCUACAGCGGGAUGGGCCUGAGUCCGGCCGCCAGCGGGGAGUUCGGGAUCCGCCUCUCCAGGGUACCAUGGCCGCGCCGCAAGUCCAUCUCGAGAACCUCCAGUACCGGCUCAAGUGACACCCAACCUGCAACUGGACAGUUAGCCGUGCCCCACUCAGAGUCAGCGAAAUCUCAAGCGCUUUUGGUCCAGCUUCUGCCGAAGCGGCUCAGGCAAAGUUGCCAGUUAGAACAGGCCAGAAGCUGGAAGUGCGGAGAGAAGCCAGUAAUUAACUUGGAGAUCCCACCCAGCAAGAAGAAAACAGAGUUGAUCCCAACACCUAAGUUGGAGAUUGAAGGCAAACUAAAGCAUCAAGCAGCCAAGGACAAACCAAGACCCAGACCUGGAGACCUCAUUGAGAUUUUUCGAAUUGGCUAUGAACAUUGGGCCAUCUACGUAGAAGAUGAUUGUGUGGUCCACCUGGCUCCCCCAAGUGAGGAGUUUGAGGUGGGCAGCAUCACCUCUAUCUUCAGCAACCGUGCUGUGGUGAAGUACAGCCGCCUGGAGGACGUGCUGCAUGGCUGCUCUUGGAAGAUCAACAACAAGCUGGACGGGACGUACCUGCCCCUCCCCGUGGACAAGAUCAUCCAGCGUACAAAAAACAUGAUCAACAAGAUAGUGCAGUACAGCCUGAUUGAGGGGAACUGUGAGCACUUCGUCAACGACCUUAGAUACGGUGUGCCCAGGAGCCAGCAGGUGGAGCAUGCCCUGGCGGAGGGGGCGAAGGCUGCAGGUGCUGUCAUCUCUGCAGUGGUGGAUAGCAUAAGACCCAAGUCUAUAACUGCUUGAAGCUGCUGCGGAUUCCCAGCGCAGGAAGGGCCACUGACAGCGGCAGAGCACAGGUGCGCCUUUCUUCCCUCUCGCCGUCGCGCUCAGUGGCCCUGUUUAAAAAGACUAUGAAUAUUCGAAACAUGUAAGUCCACUGAUCUCCACUGUGUGAGUGAAAUAGUGAUUGUGAUGGAAGAUCUGAAAUUGAAAAUAUGGAGGACACGAACAGCAUGCAUCUGCAAGAUGGCACCCUCAAUGUGUUCCAGAGAGCUUUCAGGCUGCUUGCUCAGGGGCCUUUCUCCUGUCGGAAGGGAACAGACACAAUGGAGUACUUUGGUGUUUGUCCUCCAUCCCUUUCUCAGCAACCUAAACUUGAUACCUCAGGAGACCGGGCUUGUUUCUUUCCCAUCAGCCUGUGUACUGUGCAUGGCCACCUUGGACACUUGUAGUCAGGCAAGCCCUCACUUCUGCGCAUCAUGACUAGCAAGAAGCCAGUCCCCACGGUUCCCUAACACCCGGAAGAUCAGCUGGGCUCCCAGUAGUUCUCCUUUUAGUUUAUUACUCAUGGUAGUAUCUGUGUUGGGACUUCCUUCGAAACAGAAGCUAAGCACCAGGCUCUGCAAGCUCACCACCUUUAGCUUUAAACACUGCACGUUUUAGUGGACUCCUUAACGAUUCUGAACUCUUGGACCACAGUGAUGUCUAAUAAGCAAACAGGAAUUUCUUUGAUUUAAAGACAGCUCUCCUUCCAUAAAGAGUUUAGUGACUCUAAUAAGUGAACUCACCCACCUCUUGCUCACUGCUCUGGCUCUCUGGUGUGAACUCCAUGGGUAAAGUACAUCAUCAAUUAUGUUCCCUCAUCUAUUAGAAAAACACAUGUUGAGAGUGUGCCAGAUUCCAUGUGCUGGCUACUUUCGUUUUUGUCAGCCUAUAAGCAGUGGUUCAGGACAUUCUGAGUUGGGAGGAUGAAGACACAUGGGACCACAGACCACUUUCUGAACAGCAGUCCCUUCUACUUCCAAGCUGUCUGUAAGGCCAUGAGCUCUGGGAUUCACAUCUCACACCUUCAAGAUGAGGAGGUGAGACUUUAUUAAAGCUUUUUGUAAGAAA